CUGGUGUUUGCAGCGGGAGCGCGCAGAGCUUAAACGCGCCCAAGUUUUCAUGCGAGUAACAGUGAGGAGCGGAUUCUCCAUAUAUAUCAAAUAUAACACCACACAGGGUGACAUCAACAAGAUACAACUGAUGAUCAAAGGCCAACAACAUCUGCAGUGUUGCUUCAACAAGACCUGAGGGUGUAAUUACUUUUGACUCAACCCUGUCCACCUACAUUUGAUCCUGGCCCUGGACUCCACAGUUCACCAGACAUUAAACCCACUCAAUCGAUUGUACCAACCUUACAAGACGUUUUCUCCAGACUCUAUUUGUGAAAACGCAUACAGAGGCACGCAAGAAGGAAGAGGUCAUCCCUGACUCAUCAAACUAAUGCACACCCACUGAAGCGACAGAAGCCCACUAAUCAAACUAUCGCUCUCGCCUCCACAACUGACUCAUUUAACGCUUGCAGCAGCCUCUCGGAUUCGCAUAUUGAUCCUAGUGCCAGGCUGAUCAGAUUAGUGGUUCAAUCUUCCUUUGUACACAUGUUUUGCCACUUUCAGCACAAGCCCAAAUUAGGAAAUGUGCUGUCAGGUCAGUUUCUUGUAGUUCCCUUUGGCGUAUAGCGCUAUAAAGCACAGAGAACACCACUAAGCCAUAUCCCAUCUGGAACCAAUUAGCCCCGAUCCCCGCAGCGAAGAGCAAACAGGCUUGAGUCCUCCGCACACGUUGAUGUUUUUAUUCGUUGUGGCAGACUGUUGUGUCAUGUCACAUCUGACACCACAGCGUUUGAGGGUCAGAUUGGAUUUGGCAGGUUUAAAAUAAACAGGCCUGUCAUUUCAACCCCUCUAGGAGCAGAAAGGUCCUGGACGCAUCCGGAUUGCUCCACUUGUGUCCAGAUUCGUGUCCGUCACAGUCGAGGGACGGGAGCACUCCCUGGGUUGACUUCGGCCACUUUUGUCCACUUUGAGGUUUGCUGUGCCAAUCUGGCCAACCUGUCCGUUCACCCCACCCUCCAGACAGCUUCCAAGUUCUGCCGUCGCCCUCCUUGGAGGAUGAGCGACGUGUCCACCCUGGACUAUGAGCUGCUCUCACCGGGGCCUUCCUUUUCAGGGGCCCCAAGCAGCCCAUCACUCGGCGGAGAUACCGAGCAAAGGACGGCCUUCGCCUUUGUGGGUCUCUUGAUGGUGUUUUUGAUCUUUUUGUUGGUACGAUGCUUCCGUAUAUUGCUGGACCCCUACAGCCGAAUGCCUGCGUCCUCUUGGACUGACCACAAGGACGGGUUCGAGAGGGGCCAGUUCGAUUAUGCCCUGGUGUAG